CAGAGUCAACGAGGGUAUAAAAGCCUAUGAAGAGUCCAUGAAGGAACAGAAAAAGAGGGUUCCUACACCCCCUGAACCCCAAUUACCCUCAACUGUGAGUGUCAGUGUAUUAUUAUUUGAUGCAUUUUAUUAUAAGCAGACUAUAACCAUUUUUUACACCAUUUCUUGUCUUUUAAAUAGGAAUUGUAAUUGCUCUGGAAAUUUCAUUAUUGAAUAUAACAUUGCAAAUAACUUACAGUUGUGUUAACCCUUUUUCAUUUAAUAAAAGGAGUGAGACAGCGCUAAAUAACUUUGGCAGCAACCUUAAAAAGGGAAUCCCUCAAACCCUAUAAAACAAGAUAAAAAUAAAAACAGUAAAAGGCUGCGCACAUUAAGUAGAGUCCAAUACAAGGAGAAGAGAGAAAAGUCCAACUGGUAUAUUCUUACAGGUAUCCUUGGUUGGUGGGGUCUUCUAUUUAUGUAGUGGGUUCACUCGUUUAUGGAAAAUAAAAAGAGGAAAAAAAAGGACAUCCAAUGGUAUAGUAUGUAAAAUUCAGAUAUAGACGUAAAAUUGAUAGUAUAAAACUCACAUUUACCAGAGCUAAUGUCCAGCUCUGGAGUAAAGCGCGUACAGCGGUUUAAUCCCUGCUUAUGGGAUAUAGGCAGGUUCUUCUCCGUGGAUGGUAUCCAAUUCUCGGGAUAAAAUAAAAUAAACAGCCAAUAGUGCUCACUGUAUGGCAAAUAAUAACAAGAUAAUAAAAGAAAUGUACUUACAAAGAAAGAGCAGACCCACUGCUCUUUGAUGAUAGCUUGGGUGGAUUGAUCCCCACCUACGGAUUUCUUUGGGUACAGGAAACUUCCAGGAAUUUUUAGGUUUCUUUUAAAACCAUAAAAAUAUUUAAAAUAACAAUAAAAAAGGCCAGGGUAAAAAAGAAUGAUAUGUGUCUAUAAAAAAGAUAAUUGGCACAAGCAAAUGACCAAAAAUACUUUAAUAUAUAUAAAAACACAAUUUAAAUAUCCAUAACGCGUUUUGUCACAAAGGGACUUUAUCAAAUGGAAUAACAUGAUUAACCUGGCACAUAGAUGUUAUAUAAGAGCAUAAUUGUUUGAAUUUUGGCGCCAAAACUUAGUUUGACCAAUCAGAAUUAAAAACACUUAUACAACUUUAAAAUACAUCAUAACUUAUUUAGCACAUAGUUUUUGGUAAUACAACUUCAUUAAAUUAUAUAUACAAUUAAAACGAAGGUAUGAAAGUGUAAUUUAAGAUAGUUUAAAAAAAUCACGUGACCGGCGGCACUAAAUAAGUUAUGAUGUAUUUUAAAGUUGUAUAAGUGUUUUUAAUUCUGAUUGGUCAAACUAAGUUUUGGCGCCAAAAUUCAAACAAUUAUGCUCUUAUAUAACAUCUAUGUGCCAGGUUAAUCAUGUUAUUCCAUUUGAUAAAGUCCCUUUGUGACGAAACGCGUUAUGGAUAUUUAAAUUGUGUUUUCAUAUAUAUAUAUAUUUUUUUUUUUAAAUUCUUUAUUUUUUCACUCAAUAGACACAGCAAGUGUACAUGUUUUCAUAUAUAUUAAAGUAUUUUUGGUCAUUUGUUUGUGCCAAUUAUCUUUUUUAUAGACACAUAUCAUUCUUAUUUUACCCUGGCCUUUUUUUAUUGUUAUUUUAAUUUUUUAUGGUUUUAAAAGAAACCUAAAAAUUCCUGGAAGUUUCCUGUACCCAAAGAAAUCCGUAGGUGGGGAUCAAUCCACCCAAGCUAUCAUCAGAGAGCAGUGGGUCUGCUCUUUCUUUGUAAGUACAUUUCUUUUAUUAUUUUAUUAUUAUUUGCCAUACAGUGUGCACUAUUGGCUGUUUGUUUUAUUUUAUCCCGAGAAUUGGAUACCAUCCACGGAGAAGAACCUGCCUAUAUCCCAUAAGCGGGGAUUAAAACCGCUGUACGCGCUUUACUCCAGAGCUGGACAUUAGCUCUGGUAAAUGUGAGUUUUAUACUAUCAAUUUUACGUCUAUAUCUGAAUUUUACAUACUAUACCAUUGGAUGUCCUUUUUUUUCCUCUUUUUAUUUUCCAUAAACGAGUGAAACCACUACAUAAAUAGAAGACCCCACCAACCAAGGAUACCUGUAAGAAUAUACCAGUUGGACUUUUCUCUCUUCUCCUUGUAUUGGACUCUACUUAAUGUGCGCAGCCUUUUACUGUUUUUAUUUUUACUUUUUCAUUUAAUGUAGCACAAAAGCAGGGUCGGCUCUAGACUUUGCGAGGCCUUAGGCGAAACUCAAACAUGAAGCACCCACUAACCUCAUUAGUGAAAGAAAUAGUGCCAUAGUUAGGGGGUGACAUGGGGCAGAGUGUGGGGGGGUGACAUUGGGCAUAGUGUUGAAGGGGGUGACAUUGGGCAUAGUGUUGAAGGGGGUGACAGGUGGGAGGUUGUGACAGAUGGCAGAGUUAGGGUGGGUGACGGGUGGCAGAGUUAGGGUGGGUGACGGGUGGCAGAGUUAGGGUGGGUGACGGGUGGCAGAGUUAGGGGAGGUGACGGGUGGCAGGGUUAGGGAGGUAACAGGUGGCAGAGUUAGGGGGGUGACAGAGUAAGGGGGAUGGCAGAGUUAUGGGGGGCUGGCAAGGGGGCAGUGUUGGGGAGAGAAAUACCUUGCUCCCUGGUGGUCCGGUGGGCUUUCUAGUCGGUCUGCAGCUCCACCGGGUGUAAGCUGUAGACCAUCUCCAGAAGUCUGUGGUAACUCGCGGCAACGCUCUGAUUGGUUGGGGGUCGCAAGACACUUCAGCCUGCAGCUCACACCCUGUGGAGCUGCACACUGAAGGCUGGCUCUCUGGGCAGACGGGAGGAGCCUCGCACCCGGCGGCACACAGAGCAAGCCACCAGGCCCCCUCCCGAUGCCGGGUCCUCGAUCAUGGACCGAGGACCCAACAAAUCACUUGGCCCCCUAGGUGAUUUAGGCGGCCACAAGGCCCCAGCCAGAGCGAGGCCUUAGGAGGCCGCCUAAAGCGCCUAAUAAGAGGGCCGCCUCUGCAUAAAAGUGUCCUUGAAAUGUGUAUGAAACAACAAAGAAGAGGUAAUGGAAACUAAUAGUGCAGUAAGUUUGGAUAUUUUGAUAUUAGAGGAGGUAGAUAACAUAUUACACUCACACUUUUAAGGAACUUAAGUCCAGUUCCAAUUUAAAUGCCUUGGUUGAAUGAUCCCCGCCUAUGGAUAUAUUGUGAUAUAGUUCCAAUAAGCUUUCUAAAUGAUAAUGGUUGUUCUCGUGAAAACAUAAAAAAAGAAAUAAAAUAGUAUAGUGCAGUAUGUCAGACACACUGGAGAAAGAAAGUAAAAAUGUGCACUCACUCAAUAUUACUCACAUGGGAUAGAGCAAAAUAAGGUUUGCUUAAUCCAACAGGUAUAGGUGGUAUUAUCCCUACCAGGGGUGUGGAGUCCAGGAGUCUAACAGUAACAAAUCAGGUCCAGAUGAGAAAGUACUUUACAUUAAAAUUAAAUAAAGACGGGGCUUGGCCAGCUGUCUAACGAGGAAGACACGUUCUUGUGCAGCUCCGAUAUAGAGACCAGAAACCCGCAAACAGGACCCUCCAAACGCAACAAAUACAGCCCCCACACAGUAACGGACAUGGGGCGAAAAAACAAGAAAUUUCGCCUUCCGUAACCGCUUAAAACAACCAAGAUUCGGCUUUCCCUUACGAGGCCUAAUCUGGCGGCACCAACCAAAAUGGCGCCCACCGCACCCAGCGAGGAGGAAGCCUCGGAUGUCUCCCAGGAGGUCAGAGACAGCCCCACCUCAUCUCAGGUAGAAGACGGAGCCCAGUGUCAGGCAUCUGAAUCGGAGGAAGACUCAUCCCCAGUCACAAAGAGGGAUAUUAGAGAUCUCCUAGAGGAAAUGAGGGGGGGGGGGUUGUGGAGGGCAGACUUGCAGACCACAAGGAAGGAGAUGGGGGUCAUCCAGAAGAGGCUCACUGAAGUUGAAGCCAGAGAAAGCGCCAGAGACGCCCAGCAACAGAUCUCCAGUGACGCUGUGCAGUGUCUACGCUCACAGGUCCAGCAGUUCAAGAGGACGGUCACAACGCUGGAGGUCCGCCACAGAAGGUGAAACAUUUGCAUCAGAGGCUUACUAGAGACAGUUGGGGAAGAUGCCCUUUUGAGGUACAUAUCCCGCCUUCUCACCAGAAUGGAAAUAAGGUUGCACACCGAGCCAGACAAAAUAGUAACCGCAUUUAGAAUACGCAAAGCCGCCACAGCGCCAGCAGAAUCCCCAAGAGACGUCAUAGCGGUCACGAAAGAUAUACAAACCCACUCAGCGAUCAUGGCUCGCUCCCGAGAAAUAGGAAGCGUUCAAUUCGAAGGCAAUACAGUGUCCCUCUAUGGAGACCUCCCGUUCGCAGCCCUGGUGGAGCGGAGACCACUAGCACCAGUGGCUAAACAAUUGAGAGCGGAGGCAGUCAAAUACCGGUGGGGGGCAGAUGAAUCCCUAACAGCAAUGAAGGGAGACCGGACAUUCACACUCACUUCCACGGACGACCAGGCGCAAUUUCUCCACCAGCUGAGAAAGCAAGAGGCGGAAAACAAAGAAACCCAGAGAAGCCGACACUUGGAAGCAAAGACACACACACAGCAAACCAGGGCCAACAAAGAGUCACCACACUUCAGCAUCACUGAGGAGACAAACCCUCACCUGAGCGGCUUACCACAGCACUCACUCAGAGGACCACCAAAUCCCAGGUGACGGCGAGUAUAUACGCAGCACCACACUGAUAGGGAAAACCAUCAACCAAGUUAUAUGCCCCAGAAAUCCAAUUCCAGAUGUUAUACCAUUUUAGCUAAAGUUAGAGACUUUCCUCUCCCUAAUGUUUAGCUUACAGAGAGCAUAAUGUUGGAGACCCCACAAACACCCCUAAAAAUGGGACUGUCUGCAUUAAUACAGGCCUGAGACGGGCCGUAACAUGGGGUCACAAGGGACCUGAGGUUACAGAGUAACAAACAAUAGACGCUUUACCAACGAUGCCACGGACUAACUGUUACAAAAACGCUGUUUUGUUGCUUUUUACAUUUCCCAUACUAUGACACUGUUGUAUUUUGAGUACUAAACCUCUAAUAAAAUAUAAAUUAUAUAUAAAAAAAAAAUAAAUUAAAAAGACUAUAAAAUAAUGCUUAAAAGUAGGUAAAUACGGGGGCAGAGCCUGUAAGCCAACCUGACAGGACGCCAUCUGCUCCAAAGCAAAACCUGCGGAUUCUACGAAUAUCAGCCAGCCUGAGCCUAAUCCAAGUCCGAAACCUACAUCGCCUGAUCCAGCGAGUUGGCUGUUAUCGAUUUAAUGCCUUUUUUUUGCCUCCGAGAAACGACCCCAAAGGAGACGCAGGUCUCGGGCCUCCUGCAUGCCAACGAUCCCGGACCUGGGAGAUAUCUGGGAAGAUACUGUUGCAAGAGGGGUCCAGUCUGCAGUCGUCUCAACACCGGCUCCACCCCAACGGUACUCACACCGACAAUGGGCCGACGCUCUCAAAAACUCCACGCCGCAACUGAGGGCAGGUAUAUUGGAGAGAUGCUUCAGCGGCCUACUCCACACAAGCCCACGCCCGCGGAAGUUCCGCAAGCAGACGCACCCUAACACAACCCGGGAACAACAGGGACAGGAAAUCCCUCAGCCUUUCCCACAGGACUCCUCAGGCGACUCAGCCCCGACAACCAAAACUAGACCUGAAACUCCUGUGGGCAGAGAUCCAUAAACUGCUGGCCGCUAAAUCCACCCUCAUAAAAACGGAGAUGCACGCGGUUACAGAACGGGUGAGAACCACAGAGGAUGAAAUGGUAGAAGUGCAGACCCACCUAUCUAAAUUGGAUGUGUAACGGAUCACCUGGCACCCCGACUGGGUACCUCCGUUAAAGGAUGCUCCUAGCACUUCCUGAGGACUCCAAGCACUGCAGCAGACACCAAAACCACCGAACCGUAGGAGCAUAUGAAUGCUCUCAAGCAUAUGAAUGUUGUAUACAGCCGAAUAGGUUUACACUCCUAGCAGUCAAACUGGAACAGAAUACAAUAAAUCCUCCCCCAGUAAUGAGACGACACUUCACUUUGAGGGUUAAGCAGGAACUGACUGGACUGGCACAUACAGCCUCUUUUAUUCCCAAUCCACAAACUUAGUACUGCCCACAGGGUUUUACAGAACAACCAAUAACACACGUACAUUACAGAAAGACACUCCCACACAAAAUCCUCCCCUCUGCCUGUGAUACAAUUACCUUACACAAUCUAAUUAUCACAGACAGAGAAAUACAGUUUCAUAAAACACAUCACAGGGACCCCAAAACAUGCAAUAACCCCAUAAAAGUAUAUCCUUGGAACCGGGGGAUCUGGGUGAACCACAUAUCCAAAAUUCACCCAGAUCCGUUCAGUACUUUGGAAGAUACAGUUUAAUGCAGAUUCUGCAGACCAUAUACAGGCUAAAUGAAAAACAAUCACUGUAUAAUGUGUCCCCUGCUGUAUAGUCCAAAACCACUGCACGCUGUCUUUGUGCACCAAAUACUAGCGAGAUGGCACCGUGUUGAAAAGUCCAAACAGUGUCUGAGAGUUAAAAUGGCCGCCAUCCAUUGUUCUCACCAUGUGCUUCAUCCAUUGUUCUCACCAUGUGCCUCUGAUACAGAAAUUGGUGGCCACCCAGUAACUCCACAGUAUGUUCCCAGAUGGUUCUUAAAGGGCCAGCAGCAGCACAACACAAAUCCCUUAUGCCCAAAUCAUGUCUUUAAAGGGCAAUACAUCCCAGGGGCCUUAGUCACAUGGCAGGAGGCUGGCAAUCAGUCUUCUCCAAUGCCCAGUGGCGAGGUCGGUUUCGCCACAGGAUGAAUCUAUGCUGCAGAUCCAGACUAUUCAGCAAACUUUGCCAAUGAAGUACCCAUAUCAAGAUAAGGGGUAUCGCAGCUACAAUCACGGCGGAGGCACUGCUGCAUUAUGUCCGCCGACAAUCCUGAUUCACACGUUGGCGAAAAAAAUCACCAUAGACAGAGUCUACCGUCUCUCACCAGUACUACACCACUCAAGCCUACACUGGCUCGCGAUGUAAUCUUCAGAUGUCUUACCAUUCCAGACAAAAUCCAGAUCAUGUUGGCUCUUAGAGGCAAGACACCCCUGGCGUUUGAAAACUCCACUCUCACGUUCUACCAAGAUCUCACAAAGACCACCCUCCUACAAUGCAAAGGCUUUUGGAACUGUCACUGCCCAGCUGCAUGCGGCCAACAUGGCCUACAAGUGGGGAGAAAACCGCUCUGUUAUAGUCCACCACUUAGUAAUGUUACUAGAAGAAAAGGCACAUUUGCAUUUUGAAGGUUUUUUGUUUUCUAUACCAUAAACAAAAAUCAGUAAAAAUUGCUUUUAACCCCUUAAGGACACAUGACAUGUGUGACAUGUCAUGAUUCCCUUUUAUUCCAGAAGUUUGGUCCUUAAGGGGUUAAAUUGGCUCAAAUUUUGUACGUUUCUAACCCGAUUAAUUUCUUGCUUCCCUUACAGAUGAACAGUGAGCAGAGAAAACGCAGAGUGAGUAUUUUACAUAUCUUUUCCUGGAAUUCUAAUUUGAUAUCUGUAGAAAUUGUUACUUUAUUUCAUUUGUUACUAAAUAGAAUGACACAAAAUUAUUGAAUAAUUGAAAUCAAAGAAAGUUGCCAGUGAAAAUGUGUCUAAAUCUGCUUUUAUAGCUUACUGUAUAUAGAUCAACUACUAAUCCUGGGUUUCUCAAGCCAAGUUAGUUGCCAAUUUAUCUGUUAAAUUGCACACUCUAAGAUUAUCAGUGAAUCGUGUCUGGAAAUGUAGUUUGGAAUCUAUGCACCAAUGCAAAAUUACUCCCAACCCCCUUAAACGGUAAGGAAUGUUCUUUUAGCUCCUUUAUAAAAAAAAAUUCUGAUGUGGCUUUUAAAAUUAGUUGUUGUUUCUACUGUCUCUCGUAGAACACUGUUUAACUGAAUAACUGUUUCCUUGUUUAGCUGAAUUACCUCUACAUGAAGAACUGUGUAGAGAGCAGCCCUGUGGUGCCUAUCCAGAAGCACUGGCUAAACUCUAUACUCUCCCAUGUACCAGCAUCACUGCAGCAGGGGAAAGACCGGGAGGAUCUGGUUAAAGAACUGCUAGAGGAAGUUUCACAUGACUUUGAAAAGAGCAUGAAGAGACACCUGGGUAUGUGGGCUUGCAAUAACUUCUAGCACUGCAUGCAUACCACCCAAAAUUUAAUAUCUGAAGAGAGAAAAUUUCAUUUUAGGGGGUAUGGCUAACUUGGAACAUUUUUUUUUUUCUUCUUUCAAUUCUGUAUUUUAUAUUUUCGAUAAUUACAAACAAACAGUUGAAAAAGAGCAAUAUGAAGUAGAACCAUAGUAUGUAAGCAGAAUAAAGGCUUGUUGUUCAAUGAGUAAUACAAGGUUGCAGAUGACAAGGUCUUUAUAACAUUAGCAACCCAGAACGUAGGGAUGUUAAAUUGUCCAUUAGCCAAAGCUCCUCUAGGGGAAUUAAGCCUGGCCCUGACCAUAGGUACAGUAGUUUUAAAAAUAAACCAGACAACUAUGUUGAGUAAAUGUGGCAAGUAGGAGAAAUCUGUUGUGAUGUAGAUCUAUUGUUUUGUGCUUGUGUAAAUACUGGAGGUGAAUGUAGAAGUGAAUAAGCCUAUAUCCCACAAAGUAUGGAUAUAUGUUUUUAAUUAACGGUUAACCUAGGACAUUUUAAAUAACUGAAUAUAUAAUUUAUAAGAAGACCAAAGUAUUUAUUUAAACAAACUAAUUUCUCAACAAAUUAACUGUAUUGUAAAGGCACUUUACUGUUUGUUUUGUUUUUUGCUUUGAUACAGUUGUACAGCAAAGCUAUUUUAUUUAUGUUUGAGUCCUAUGAACGAUAAUGGCUUUGUUUUAAGCAAACGUGUGGAACAGCAUACAGUCAAUGUUUCAACCCCAGUACCUUGACAUAUUGAGAAAAGCCUGGUAAUGACAAAAGACAGACAGGGUUAUUUACUAAAUUUCAAAUGUUUGCAAGUGAAAAUCCAAAUUAGCACAGUUCAGGCUAAUACUGUUAUUAUAGCUUGUGAUGAUAUGACCCUUGCGUCUCUGGCACUGAAAGUGUACCAGUUCAGGCCUGCUAUCGUCCCUGGGUUUCUUUUACCUAACCUGUACUGUACUAUUUGGGAGUUUGGAUCACCAAAAGUAUGGAUAGGUUGAUGGAAGACAAUUUUUUAUUUCUUUUGAAAGUAAAAAAAAUCAGUUACUUAAAGGACCACUAUAGGCACCCAGACCACUUCAGCUUAAUGAAGUGGGCUGGGUGCCAGGUCCAUCUAGGUAUAACCCUUUUUGUUGUAAACAUAGCAGUUUCAGAGAGGGUUGGUACAAAAUUGAAAUGGAGGCAGUAGGUCUGAAGAACUCCGACGGUGUUAUCUGGAACACUAAAAAAAUCGAAACAAUGGGACUUGAUUUUAAAAAUAACAAAAUACUGGAUCAAGUGCUCCCUGUAUGGGAAGAGAUUAAAAGAAAAAUAGGGAUUAAAUAUGCAAUGUUAGACUCUUUAACGCUUGAUGUAAUAGAAGCAAAUAUAAACAAUAUAUCUCUUUCUAGAUGGAGAGAGCGAGGUAUCCAUAAGGUGUCCCAAAUGUUAUAUCAAGAUAAUCUGAUGCAAUUUGAAACUCUAGUCCAACAAUUCCAAUUACCUAACUUUGAAAUUUUUUCAUAUCUCAGAGUCAAGUAUUUUUUACAAAAACAUCUAACUCUAGCUACUAAAAAUGUCCCAAAGACACUAAAAUAUAUUUUUUCAAAUGAGGUAGUUCCUAAGGUUUUAGCAAAAGCAAUAGAUGUAAUCAGAAGAAUAAAUCACUCAGACAGCCUGCCCCCAGAAGAAAGUAUGAGAAAAAGAUUUUUUAAUUGCGUCUUAGAUCAUCGAGAAUGGUGUAAAGCUCUCAAUAUUACUCUGUGGCAAACCUAGCCACUUCAGACUAUUUUAUAUGUCUAAGGGUUGUCCUAGAAAAGCUGGUUAACUGAUGUGAUUUUGUGUAUUCGCUUAUAAAUGUGAUAGAGGGCAUUCGUAUGCUAGUGGCACGAAAGCCGCUAGCAUUCAUAUGGUAGUUUCACGAACAGUGACUUUCAACACUGUUCGUGAAACGAACAAAGUACCGAAUGGGAGCCCACACACAGGGGCAACAAUGUAUCUAUCGGCUGCUAAUUGAUUCCCAGGGUGGCCGUCGUUCGGAUACCGACCACGCGGUGGUGGCCAUCUUGGAUUCCCUUUUAGCCCAGCAGUGUUUGGUUGUCGAGUGCCUGGAACUAAAAUCGGCUACUCAACGCCACGAACACCGCUGGACUUUCAGGCCGUUCGGGAGCGCCCGUCUUUCGGUACUUUCUCCCAACCUAUGCAUUCGGGACUUUUCUGAAGAGUUGAUGUAAAAUGUAUUUUGUGCGGCGUUCGGUUAAUUGUGCUGGGAUCUGAGUGGUACUUUCACAAAGUAUGCACUCAGACCCCAGCUAUCUGCCGAUCGGUCAUUCGGUACAUUGGCACGAAUAAAGUAUAAGUUACAGAUUUUUAUAUGAAUAGCCGGUUCUGCUGUACGGAGGGAUAAUUCACUUAGCAGGAUAUUCUUGUGGGAGUAUCCCUCUCGUAUAGCAGGGCAUGGUGGGAAAAAUGUCCUGUAUGUUCAGUUCCCCAUGUAGUCCUCUACUGUACAACCCCUGUAAAGUGAUUAAGGAAACCCCUUGCACGGGGAACCACAUAAAUACUGAAGCUUGUGAAUAAAAACCUCAGUUGACUCCCAGAACUGUGUUUCGUCCGGUUACUGGGGGGAUUUGGGAUAUUGCCUUCCAUUUCAGUGCUUUCCUUGGAUUACUUUCUUUACCAGCGGAGAUAUUGGGAUUUAAUAUUGCAGCUCCGCUACAUACUCGUAAACAAGUACAAUGCUUGAACUUGGUUAAAACCCGCUAUAAAUUUAUAAACCGGUGGUACCUGGUCCCACAUAGAAUAGCACAGGUGUAUCAGAAUUUCUGUAAUAUAUGCUGGCGAUGUGGCCUCAAAGAAGGUACCUACCUCCAUAUAUUCAGAAAGCAUUAGACCUACUCUUUAAAUAUAUUUUGGAUAAGACAGAGGUAAUAUCAGAGCAGAAACCUGAAGUCGCACUGUUACAUAUGCACUGGCCAAACAUCUCACAAAAUAAUGAGAGCUAUAUUAUACAUUGGUUCAUUGCAUAUAAGAUCAUACUUGCACGCAAAUGGAAGAAUUACCAUGGGAGCUAAUUAAAGCUCAAUUGCUCUUACAGAUAAAGAUGGACAGAGAUUUAAUCAUCCUGUUCCUGAAUGCCCCAAAAAGACAGGCUUUGUGGCAAGCAUGGCUAACAAAAACACAACAGGCCUGAGUUCAAAAUAGAUAUUAUUACCAAGACUUUAAACUACGCAACCUGAACCAAGACCUACUACAAACACACCGACGGCCAAGACAUAGAACAAAUGGCCACUGCAGUCAGAUAACACCAGACGAGAGUUGCGAAACCACACGAUCUGCGCGCCACACACAUCCACAGCCCAAACACAGACCUUUUUGAUCUACCCCAAAACCCACAGAACAACACCACAUCCACGCACACAGGUGAACCCACCUCAACGCGACGACACCAAGACACACAGACAGUGACUCAGACACACAAACCGGAACCACAAAGACGCAACAUUAGAGGCAGACACACAGAGCUCCAGAAUAAAGCAACACUACAUAGACAUAACCAUGGAAACACGCAAUAGAGGUGACACAGACUUACCGCAGAAGGUUUCACCAUCACCAGCAGAGGGAAAGGACACGAAACAUACAAAACAAAUACAACCCCAAUAUGCACGAGCAGGUAGCCACGAGACACACUAGAACUCAGGGAUACAGACAAAAGACUAGAACGCGUAAACACCAACACAUGUUCGCAAGAUGGGCCUUCACUGCAGUUUACGGCAACAGGGAUAAAUACGCAAACACAGGCAUCUCAGAAGAAAACAGUGUAUUAUUAACGAACCACACUAACACCAUUUAAUGAGCCGAUAGCUGAACACAUGAUACCAACUGCCACCCCAAAUAGCCACUACAUACCUGACAACAACGCCCUAACAACGCAAUACCAAGCAAGCUCACCACCUUUUGCAUGUCUAGCCCUGCAAGGCCUAUAAAUGUCUAAUAUUUGUCAUUGCGUGUUUAUUUUGACUUAUACGCCUCUGCGCAGGCAACUAUGUGUUACUCUGAGUUAACUGGAAUAUGUCGGCCUCACAUUAUAUACACUUUCAAUGUGCACGCCUCUGCGUAGGCAACUAUAUGCAUGAAUGAUACCAAGUUCAAUACCCGUGUUUAUAUUGCUGACAAUAAACAUAUUUAAAACAAAAUAGAUAUUAUUGCCUGCAAUCAGCAUGAUCUGAACAUCUUUAUACCCCUCUCAACUUUGCAGAAACUUUGUGGUCUUAUUUUUUUCUUCUUCGAUAUUUGUAUUUGUAUAUAUUGAUGUAAUAACCCGUGAGGAAUAUGACACAUUUAUUAUUGGAGGCAUAAUGUGGUGUUGUGUUGAUAUAUGUGUCGUGGUUUUGUCUUUUUUUUUUUUUUUUUAUGUCUAUAUUUAAAAAAAAAUAAUAAAAGAAUUUAUAAAAAAAAAAUUAUUAAACAAAAUUUGCAAUAAAGAAAGUGUAAACAUUAGAUUACUCUUUAUAGGAAGGAUUUAGGAAGGCUGUGUAAGUCACAUGCAGGGAGGUGUGACUAGAGCUGUAUAAACAAAGUGAUUUAACUUGUAAAUGACAGAGAAUUGAGCAGUGAGACUGCAGGGACAUAAUCCAUACACCCAAACUGCUUCAUUAAGCUAAAGUUGCUUUGGUGACUAUAGUGUCCCCUUAAGUAUCAAUCUCUCAAUAAAAAUCCUGUUUGUCUGCUCUGCUACCUGACAGGUAAUUGGAACUGGUAAUGAAGUGCUAGGAAUGGAAAUUGUACAUUUUCUGCCAAGUGCUUAUAAUGAAAUUUAUAUCUUAUUAUUUUAAUUUUCUUAAGUGAAAAGUGUGCUAGUCAAGCCAGAGGUGAAAGGACUUGAAGCAGAAGACUCCAGACCAUUACCGGAGUCCCCUGUGUGAGUAUGUUUGCUUGUGUUGGGAGCGAGACCCUGGAAAAUGUUUGUUCUAAUAAAAUAUCUAAAAUAAACCUAGAUUCGAACAAACUGUUGAUCACAAGAUUAGCAAAAUUAGCUUACAGUGACUUUCCACUGAACUUGCUAUUCUCAUGUAUAAUAAAGGCAAAUCUGGUUGAAAUUAAAAGUUAUUUCAACCUACUGAGCACAUCUCUUUUGCUACCAUAAUGUGUCUGCGUUAAAAUCUUUUAUUCUCUGAGAUCAAAGACAGGCUGGGUAUCAAAGACUGUUUUACUCAGGCUACACCCAUCAAAAUUCUUAAAUUUUACAUGCAGGAUUUGUCCAGCUUGAACAAUAAUGGUAUAGGUACCUUAAGAGAUAUUAAGUUAGAUGAGGGUAGCCUGCAAUUUGGCGUUUUACAAGCCAAAUUUCACCUAAACCCUUACCUUUUACCGUAGAAUUUAUUUUAUUAAGUUAAACAUUUUUUUUACCUUAUUUAUCUUUGUCUAUUUAACCAUAUUUCCCUUCCAACAAAAUUGGAUGAUUUUAUGGACAAUCAGCAUAAUUCCAAAUUAAUUUCAAGAUUAAAACAAUUAAUUAUUAAUAAUUAUCAAAUUACAUUGACUUCCUCUAUGAUGAAAUGAGACAUGGACAUGGUUUUUAAUUCAAUAGAGGAUUGGAAGGAAAUAUGGAUAAUGGUAAGAAAGAGUGUGCAUUCUAUAAAUUUGCAGGAAAUUUAAUAUAAGUUGGUGAAUUGUUGGUAUUUAGUUCCUUUAUGAACUAGCAAGUUCAACAAAUGUAUCAUAUAUGGUGGGAUUGGGAGAAAGUACAGCAGAUUAAGGUUAAACUGGAUUAAAUAUUAACUGAUAAUUUUAAUGCAAGUUUCUGUCAUGAUAACUAUAUGACCCAACACGCAGAACUAUGUAAUAUGCAAAGAACAAGGAUAACUAAUACCGGGCCUUAGAAUGGCAAGACAUAACAUAAAAUAAGAAUGGUCAAAAUACUAUCCGAGGUCAGGGACACAGAAAUAGACACAACGAGAAAACAAGCCAAGGAUACCAGAAAUACGGGGAAGUCAAAAUACAAGCCGAAGUCAAAUACCAAAAAGAACAAGAAUAGGAACGCACACUCUGUUAACCAACUAGUGGAAACCACGACAGGGCACUGAUCAAAUGCUAUAUUGAGUUUAAAUAACCCUCCUAAGGCUAUGACUGGUUGUACAUAGCCUUUGACCCCAAAAUGUGCAUGCGCGUCGUUUUCAUGACGUCACACACACGUCAGCGCCAUCUUUGUUGAGGAUGGAGGUGGGACUACAUAGCUGCUUGGGACUGCAGCGGCCAGUGUUCAUUAGAACACCGCAUCGGUCAGGGAUCGCUCCACAAGGGUGCUGAAUGGCAAGCUGAUUUGCCUUAGGUAAGUUUUUAUUAUUUUUAACAGCGUGACCGCAUCGAUCGGAUGCAGCCACGCUGUAUAGAGGCGCGUAGGACGUGACCGUUUCUCGCUUACGCCACAAACAUAGCUUUUUCAUCAAGAUUUACCGAAGAUGAAUAAGCAUAAUAAACAUUUUGCAGUAAAUAUUUUAUUGGCUGUCAAAAUUUGUAUCACCAGAGAUUGUCAUAAAUCAGACCCUCCAGCAUGGCCUGUAAUAGCUAAUCAGAAAUGACAUCAAGCAAACAUGGAACAACAUUUGUAGGUUAUAAACGGGAAAUUAUCAUCUUAUAAAGAAAAAUGGUCACCCUUGGUUCGAGUGCCUAUACCUUUUGGUGUAUAUACACACAAUUUUGGUCAUGUUGUUUUUUAUUUUUAUUUGACGAGGUCUGAAUAUAGACUCUCCUUUUAAAGAUCCUCUUCUCUAUUAAGAAUAAUAUUUAUUUGAGGAUGUAUGAUAGGAUGGGUUAUUUAUUUAUUACUGAUAUUUAUAAAGCGCCAACAGAUUUUGCAGCAUCUUAAUAAUGAUUAGAAAUAAGCAGUAAUAUUUAAACUUGGGGUAGCCUUCUUUGUUAGAUGUUUUGCUUAUUAUAAUAUCUGUGAUCUAGCAACAUUUGUGGAAUACAAUUUAAUUUUUUUGUUAUGCAUAUUUGUAUUUGUCUAUUUGAAAUGUUUUUGGACUGAUUGAAAAUUAUUAAAGUAUCUUUAAACUAAGUCUCACAUGUAAAUUCAAUAUAAGACAAAAAUGUGUACUAGUGUCAUAUCUAUAAGACCACUGCUACCACCUGUAAUAUAAACAUAUCUAGAAAGAUAUCAAAACAUUGGAACCACAUGUAUUUCACAGUUCUUGGGAGAUGUCUACGUUAUAAAACUUAAAGGGACACUAUAGUCACCAGAACAACUACAGCUUAUUGAAUUUGUUCUGGUGAGUAGAAUCAUUACCUUCAGGCUUUUUCCUGUAAACACUGUCUUUUCAGAGACAGUCUUUCAAUCAUGCUGGCUCUGCCCAUGAUCUGCCUCUUUGUCAGUCUCAGCCAAUCCUAUAGGGAAGCAUUGUGAUUGGAUCAGGCAACCACUUCUGAUGAUGUCAGCAGACUGCUUAUUUUUCUGAGUCUAACAGCAAGCAGAGUUACAGCUUCAGGCUUGAAUACAGUAAGAUUUUGCUAUAUUUAUGGAAGCAUGAGGGGCCCAUGGGGGCUGGAUGGUGGUGUUAACACUAUAGGGGCAGGAAUACAUGUUUGUGUUCCUAACCAUAUAGUGAUCCUUUAACUCCAACAUUGUGUAGUGUGUCAGGAUGGUUUCAAUACUUUGUAGUAUGUUAUGUAUAUAUCAUAGGUGGUGGCUGUGGUUCUAACACACUGUACACUAUUAUGUGUUAUUUAUAUCCAUUUACAUGUACCCAUUUAUAAGGUUUUGUGGAUUUUGCUGCAGGUGGUAGGACGGCAAAAGGGAGCAGCCCUUUGGGGAAGUAAACAUAUCUAUGUAUUUGGAGAAUUAGUAAAGUUUUCUGGUUUAAUUUUAUUGUAUAUGAAUGAUUUUUAGGGGUCUGGAUUUCUCAAGGCCUUGGCACCAGAAAUAUAUCCAAGCACGCAAUCGGAUUAAAGCCAACCUGCAUGUUACUCACCCAGGCCUCAGGACUAUACUGGACCUUGGCUUCUUCACAUUCUCCAAGCUGCUAGUAGUUGACUUAUCUGAAUACAGGUGAAUAUAGUUACUAAAUUUCGGUCUGUGCACUAAAAUGCACCAAUUUUGCAUGGUUGUCCUGCAAAUAUAUUGAUUUAAACAAUAUUUUGUUUACAUAUUGGAGUUUAAGUACUCAAUUGGAAAUUGAAUUGCAAUUUCUUGGCUAAAAACUGAUGUUUUUUUUUUUAGAUUUUGUUUUCUAAAUUCACUACAAUUCAGUGUUUAGUUUAUAAACUAUUUUUAAACUAGUCUGUCUCAUUUAUUGUGUUGAGGCAUGUGUGCAUUUUUACAUUGUAAGUGCACAAGUGGUAUAUUAUAGGUAUUCAUAUUGCCCACCACUACCUCACAUCAUACAUUGAACCCAUUUAACUUUUCAUCUGCACAUUUCAAAGCUAUGUUAUGGCUUAAUGUAUUUCUAAUAACAAAUAUACCUUAUUUAAAGACCUUGAUUGUGCAUAUAUAAUAUAGUGGCUUUACUAAUAAUGCUGAUUGUGAUCUUUUGUGUAACCUACUCUUAACACGGUCAAAAUUUCUACCUUCAAAGAUCAAUAAAACGAGUGCCAUAUAUAUGGAAAAUAAUAUAACCAAUAUUACAAGUCAUUAAAUAUCUAUGAAAAGACAUUGGUGUCAUGUACUUUUUGCGUGGCAGAUAAAAUCACUGAGUUACUAAGGGGCUAGUCUCUGUUUAUCUCCCUUUCUGGUCCACACUUUAUACACAUACCACUUUAACCCCUUUUGUACAACGCUGUGGAAUAUGUUUGUUGCUUUACAUCAGAAUCUUAAUAAUUGCCUUCAUUCAUGUUUGUCACAGAUCGAAGGGACCUGUUGAAUGUGAAUCCUUGAAAAACAAUGUUUCGUUAGCUUGUGCAAAAACAGAGGAGAAAUUACUCAAUACGUGGUAUCCAAAAGUGAUCAAUCUUUUCACAAAUAAGGAAGCAUUGUCGUCCAUUAAACCAGACAAAAUUGAUUCUUUCUACACUUGUUUGUCAACGCUCAUGUCAAAUCAGGCAAGUCGCGCUUAUGUCACUCAUAGAGUGCGAUAUAAAGAAAGGCAAAUCAAAACAUAGCUUAGAAACAAAAAAGUGGAAAAGUGGUGCUAAAAAUCCAAUGUGAUGUACACCAUGAGAAAGAUAUAUCAUAUAUACCAGUGCAUCUAAACACACCCAAGUGUAAUGUCACAAGAAACACUUACAUAAAUGAAUGGUACAAAGAAAAAGGUAUAGUAGUCUCUAGUUUUUUUUUUUUUUUUAUCUGGAAAGGGCAAGUGUAAAAAAAAACAUCAUAGGGCAACAUUUAAAAUGAGAUAUAACUUGGAACACUCACAAUAUAGAGAGCCAUAUAAGUCGGCUCUAAACUAUGAUGGCUUAUUCAUACAUCCGAUGUGGAUACUGGAAAAGAUGCAGGUCCCCUAGAAAGUAACACUAUUCCUCUGGAUGGUAAUGCAGGAACCAAGCAUGAAGUAAAUAGUAACUAUUUUAUUUGAAUAAAAUCUAAGCACAAUGCGUUUCGACCAUUUGCAAUUGGUCUUCCUCAGGUAAUGACAGGUAAAUAUGACAAACUUAUAUAUCACAUAAAAUGAAUACAAAUCAAACACACAUGUGAGAUUAAAAAACAUCCCAACCCUUUUAUCCAUGUAAGAAAUUUCAGUUUUUUGUUCGCCCCGUCCAAUGAGGGGGAAGAGGUAACUUCUGUCUAAAGGUAAAUAAAUAAGAUAUAAAUCCUAAACAUACCAGGAUCUUUUUUUCUCUAUACCUCGAAAGCUAGGUAUGUUGAGCAUUGCCACUUUUCAGCAUGUAGUUGAAUACAAAAUGUUAGCUGAAUUAAAAAUGUAUUUAAAGAAAAUAUUUUGUGCACAAAAUGCGGAACUGGAAUUUUUAAAUGUGAUCGAUCCCGUCUUUGCGUCACCCAUAGCCCUCCCACUGUUAAUCCACACUAUUAAUGCAGAAACAACAUUUUUGCAAUAUGCUGGCAUCAAGCAGAUCAGCUUAAUAAACCUAAUUAUUACAGUUAGUAAAUAAAACCAUAUUUGGGAGACUGACAGACCAGGUGUUGAAUUUAACUUGUGAGGAUUUUCAUAUCACCCCUCCUCAGACUUUAUGCAUCUCAAAUUUCAUUUUUCUCCAAAUGCUGUUACAUGAAUACACUUUUAACAUUGUUCUAGCACAUUGAACAAACACAAGACAUUUCCAGGAAAAUGAAUGAAGCAAGUAUUUAACAGUGAAAAUAAAAUUUUAACCGAGAAGUAACAUGUACAUAGAAAAAAUAGUCAGUAGUGCUACAGAUGUUUAUUACGAUAAAAAGAAACCCUCCUUUUUAUUAUCAUCAUUAUUAUUUUGAUUUCCUCCUAUGACUGUAUCGAGCAGUUGAAAGAUCUGUUGCAAAGAAGUAUAGAGGCGUAUGUGAAGUUAUUUGAUGACUCUGACCUGCGUUGGCUGCCAUUGUUCAAAAUGCAACUCACGUUUGAUGAUGAGAAAAUGGAUUUUUAUCCCAGUUUCCAAGAUCUGGAAGAAGCAGUCUUAUUUAUUGUUACCCAGAUAUCAAAUACACUGCAGGUAUCUUGGAAACAUUUAGUCUGUUUAAAUGAUUGUUUAUCUUUCUAUCUUAGUCUUUGUCUGCCUAUUCAUUAUAAUCAUUCUUUUAUUUGCAUAGGGCAAAAAUAAGUAAUUUACCAACAAAACUAAAGUUGACUUUGUAAUGUCUCUAACAAUUACAGACCAUUUGCAAUGUGCAGUAAUAGGCAACUUAAAGGACCACUCUAGGCACCCAGACCACUUCAGCUUAAUGAAGUGGUCUCGGUGCCUGGUCCAGCUAGGGUUAACCCUUCAGCCGAAUGGGCGGAGAGGAGGAGGAUCGGAAGAGGAGAGCUCCCUGCCCUGCGCUGGAAAAAGGUACGUUUUUACCCCUUUCCAGAGCCAGGCGGGAGGGAGACCCCGAGUAUGUUUUCCUGGCACUAUAGUGGUCCUUUAAAUAUAAAAUGUCCCUAUAAAGAAAAACCUAGCUGAUCUGAGCCUCAGCUAACAAGCAAAACACACUUUCCUACUUCAGGUUAAACUAACAAAACACAGGCUUCCAAAUUAUCUGCAAAUCUGGACUUUUUCUUCAGUCUUUGCGGCAACUUUAGCAUCCUGCUUCUGCGACAACAGUCUGUCUCUCUCAGAAAUGCUUACCAGUCGUUCAUUUAUUUAACUGACUAAAUUUGAAUUAGUGUAAUGAAAAUAAAAAGUGGGGGACGGAGUGAGUAUGGGUGUAGGUUUGGACAGAAUGGGCUCAAUAGUUGGCCAUGGUGCAUGGAGUGUCGAGUGUACCAUCUGAUGCAUUGUUGACACAGGGUAAAUAGUAAUAAGUAUAGAGAAUAAUUUUAGAUGAAAGAUCUUUAACAUUUUAUUUUUUAGCAUUAGAUGGUAAUACAUCAAUAAUUCAUACAUAGGCGUUUUAAAUAAAUAUUUGAGCCCUUUACAUACAUCUUCUUGAUACCAUCUUUCAUACCUUUGCAUUGUAAAACUACCAUUUCUAACACAUAAUGGAAGUGGAUGUCUAGUCCACGAUAUGGAGGUAAUGCAAAGGCUGGUUUAGGUUCUUUAUUUGGAAUAUAAAAAUAGAUUUAUUGGAAGUUCACACCUCUGCUAUUUGGGAAUCAAGAAUCCUGCUUUUGCAGGAGAUUCUUCUACCACUUACCACGCUAGCAUUUCUUAGCGAGAGAACAAAGAUUGUUUAAUGGAAUACAUCUGUGUGAAACCUUUACUUCCCUACAACCAUAUCACCUAUCCCCUGCCUUCUUUAUCUUUUCUGUUUCCAUUUCUUCAUUUUUUUCUCCCUCUCUCAUACACUUUCUAACUUGAAACUGUUUGAAUAAGCAGUUUUAAAUAACCCAAAUUAACCAUUUGUGGAUAAUGAACAUAGUGUCCAUUUAAAUUCAUUUCCCAUUCCUCAGAACAUUCAGACUGCCCAGUCUUGGCUUUCUGGUAGCUCAACUAUCCAAAGGAUUGAAGCAAAACUACCAGACCAUGUCAAACAAUGGGCCAUUUCAAAGCUAAAGGAAGCAGUCCAGCACCAUUUGGAAGAGCCCAAGAAGCAUUUUGACACUUAUGGUACGUUGGAGAUUACAUUUUAUAUUUAUAUAUAUAUAUGACCUUGUUAUAGUUUAAAAUGUGGUUUUAAUAGACUAAUGCCUUUCUGCCUCUUGGUUUUUAUUAAUUUACUUUCCUUUUUCGAUUAUCUUUUUUUAAAAUAAUGAUCCUUUGUUGUAUUUCUUCCUAUGGUCCAUGUUUUCUGUAACCCACUUGUGGCGGAACCAACCUCGCCACUAUGCACUGGAGAAGCCUGGUUGCCAGCCUCCUGCCAUGUGACUAUGGCCCCUGGGAUGUAUUGCCCUUUAAAGACAUGAUUUGGGCAUAAUGGAUUUGCGUUGUGCUGCUGCUAAGCCUUUUAAGAACCAUCUGGGGACAUACUGUGGAGUUACUGGGUGGCCACCAUUUCCUGUAUCAGAAGCACAUGGUGAGAACAAUGGAUGGCUGCCAUUUUAACUCACAGACACUGUGUGGACUUUUCAACACGGUGCCAUCUCGCCAGUAUUUGUUGCACAGAGACAUCGUGCGGUGGUUUUGGACUAUACAGCAGGGGACACAUUAUACAGUGAUUGUUUUUAUUUAGCCUGUAUAUGUUCUGCAGAAUCUGCAUUAAACUGUAUUUUCCAAAGUACUGAACGGAUCUGGGUGAAUUUUGGAUAUGUGGUUCACCCAGAUCCCCCAGUUCCAAGGAUAUACUUUUUAUGGGGUUAUUGCAUGUUUUGGGGUCCCUGUGAUGUGUUUUAUGAAACUGUAUUUCUCUGGCUGUGAUAAUUAGAUUACCCAUUGUGUUCAGUAAUCGUAUCACAGCCAAAGGGGAGGAUUUUGUGUGGGAGUGUCUGGGUGUAUUGUAUGGAUUGAUUGGCUGUUUUGUAACGCCCUGUGGGCUGUACUAUGUUUGUGGAUUGGGAAUAAAAGAGACUGUAUGUGACAGUACAGAGAGUUCCUGUUUUAACCCUCAAAGUGAAGUGUCGUCUCAUUAUUGGGGAAGGAUUUAUUGUAUGCUGUUCCAGUUUGACUGCUAGGAGAGUAAACCUAUUCGUAUGGUUCCUAUUCAACUGUCUACAGCAUUCAUAUGCUUGGGAGAAUUUAUUUGUUUCUCCGGUUUGGUGAUUGUGGUGUCUGCCAGAGUGCUUGGAGUCCUCAGGAAGCGCUAGGAGCAUCCUUCAACGGAGGUACCCAGUCGGGGUGCCAGGCGAUCCGUUACAUUGGUGGCAAGCGGUGGGAUGGCGUCCUAGUGCGAGGUAAAGCAGCUCAGAGACACAGUUCGUUUGGAGUUACAAAGUGAGGGCAACGCUAGUAUCCGUACAGCGACCCUAUCUACAAAAGAACUAACUUCAGCAGAGCAAGCAUGGCGUAUGACUACACUCAGGAGGAGUUUGACAGAGAGGUUAAUGAGGUGCUGUCUACCUUUGGACCCAACCCCCCAGAGAGAGCCGUGCAGCUCGCCAGGAAACUAGUAGGAGAAUACCUGCAAUCUCUAGUAGAUUUGGCCAAAAAGGAGUCCCAGGGAGCCAAAGGUGUCGUCUUUCCUCCCCAGCGGCAGUGUGUACCCCAGGGAGCAGAAGGUGUUGUCCUUCCUCCCCAGCGGCAGUGUGAGUCCCAGGGAGCCAAAGUGUGUCCCAGGGAGCUGAAGGUGUCGUCCUUCCUCCCCAGCGGCAGUGUGUACCCCAGGGAGCAGAAGGUGUUGUCCUUCCUCCCCAGCGGCAGUGUGUGUCCCAGGGAGUCCUUCCUCCCCAGCGGCAGUGUGUAUCCCAGGGAGCUGAAGGUGCCGUCCUUCCUCCCCAGCGGCAGUGUGUAUCCCCAGUCCUUCCUCCCCAGCGGCAGUGUGUACCCCAGGGAGCAGAAGGUGUUGUCCUUCCUCCCCAGCGGCAGUGUGUAGUCCCAGGGAGCCGAAGGUGUCGUCCUUCCUCCCCAGCGGCAGUGUGUGUCCCAGGGAGUGAAGGUGCCGUCCUUCCUCCCCAGCGGCAGUGUGUAUUCAGGGAGCUGAAGGUGCGUCCUUCCUCCCAGCGGCAGUGUGUAUCCCAGGGAGCUGAAGGUGCCGUCCUUCCUCCCCAGCGGCAGUGUGUAUCCCAGGGAGCUGAAGGUGCCGUCCUUCCUCCCCAGCGGCAGUGUGUACCCCAGGGAGCUGAAGGUGCCGUCCUUCCUCCCCAGCUGCAGUGUGUACCCCAGGGAGCCGUCCUUCCUCCCCAGCGGCAGUGUGUACCCCAGGGAGCUGAAGGUGCCGUCCUUCCUCCCCAGCGGCAGUGUGUACCCCAGGGAGCUGAAGGUGCCGUCCUUCCUCCCCAGCGGCAGUGUGAGUCCCAGGGAGCCAAAGGUGUCGUCCUUCUUCCCCAGCGGCAGUGUGUACCCCAGGGAGCAGAAGGUGCCGUCCUUCCUCCCCAGCGGCAGUGUGUAUCCCAGGGAGCUGAAGGUGCCGUCCUUCCUCCCCAGCGGCAGUGUGUCCUGCAGGAAGCGGAGACAGUCGGUCUCGCUCCCCAGCAGCAGGACAAUAUAUUAAAAGGGGAGACAGUUGGUCCCCCUCUCCAACAGCAGAGAGUGUUCCAGGGAGAGGAACCAGUUAUCACCUCUCGCCAGCAACAGGACAAAUUAUUGAAAGGGGAGACAGUCGGUCUCCCCCUUCAACAGCAGAGAGAGUGUCAGGGAGAGGAGCUUGUUAUCCCCUCUCCCCAGCGGCUGAAAGUAUGUAUGGGAGAGGAGCUUGUUACCCCCUCUCCCCAGCGGCAGCUUAGCCCACCAAGGGGAGACAGUAAUCUCCACAACAGUGCAGAUGGGACAGUGGUCUCUGCACAUGCACCACCGGGGGUAGGAACAGUCGGUCCUGUCCCCCAGCAGCAGGACUGUUUAGGCAAACAGUCUCCCUCCAGCAACCAGGCUCCAACCAGACUACUCCCGUGGUAGUGCUGGCACCAGGACAGAGUACCGCUGGUCUCUGCCCACUCAGCAACCCACCCAGUACGCUUACCAGUCACCCACACAGCCAUGGUGAGGCACCUGGACACGGACAAAGUUCUCCUCUACCCAGGUGUAGUAGCCAGUUAUUGUGGGUGGGCUGUAUUACUGAUUGUGUUUUGUGGGUGGGCUGCUGGACUAACAAGGGCACUGACCGGCAGGAGGUCAGAUACCCUGUUAGUCUGAUUGGUAAAGGGGAGAAGUGUGGCGGAACCAACCUCGCCACUAUGCACUGGAGAAGCCUGGUUGCCAGCCUCCUGCCAUGUGACUAUGGCCCCUGGGAUGUAUUGCCCUUUAAAGACAUGAUUUGGGCAUAAUGGAUUUGUGUUGUGCUGCUGCUGGCCCUUUUAAGAACCAUCUGGGGACAUACUGUGGAGUUACUGGGUGGCCACCAUUUCCUGUAUCAGAAGCACAUGGUGAGAACAAUGGAUGGCGGCCAUUUUAACUCACAGACACUGUGUGGACUUUUCAACACGGUGCCAUCUCGCCAGUAUUUGUUGCACAGAGACAUCGUGCGGUGGUUUUGGACUAUACAGCAGGGGACACAUUAUACAGUGAUUGUUUUUUAUUUAGCCUGUAUAUGUUCUGCAGAAUCUGCAUAAAACUGUAUUUUCCAAAGUACUGAACGGAUCUGGGUGAAUUUUGGAUAUGGGGUUCACCCAGAUCCCCCAGUUCCAAGGAUAUACUUUUUAUGGGGUUAUUGCAUGUUUUGGGGUCCCUGUGAUGUGUUUUAUGAAAUUGUAAUGUUUCUGGCCAGCAGAUAAUGGAGUUUUGUGUAUUGUAGCAACUCAAUUAUCUAGCCUGGCCCAGAGGAGGAGUUUUGUGUUGCAUAAAUUGUGAGUUCUGUGUGCCAGUAAAUCAGUCUUGUUCCAGCAUUAAGCCUUGGCUCAUGUUUGGGGGAAGGGAUACCUACACUCUGGGGAUUGCUAUAAUCACUUACUCCCCAGAGGAAGCUCUUGCAAUAGCCUGAUUUGUUCCUGUUCCUGCUCUCUGGGGAAAGAGAGGUUCACCCACUGGAAGCUGGAUCCUGGCCUUGGGUCCAGGGUGGGGGGAAACAGCAGAGACCCCGGCGCAGUUGCAUUGCUGGAAGUGGGGUCUGCAGUGCUGAUGGUGUCGGUUGGAGUGCUUGGGGUCCUCAGCGAGCACUAGGAGCAUCGAUUGGCGGAGGUACUCAGUCGGAGUGCCAGCGUUCCGUCACACCACUAGUCACAAUUUCAUUUAUUAUGUGAGACACAAUUCCUGUACAAUCCUAAUGCAUUUUUUAAUAUCACUUUCUUAAUCCAUAAUAAUUAUUUGUUUAUUUUUAUAGUUGAAAGCUUUACCUGGUUGGUGGAUGGUACUGCGUCUCAGCAAGUGGAAACGUUUCUCACCGAAAAGCACAACUUUGAGGAAUACACAGCAGUACGUAUGAACAAUGAUUCAUUAGCAAACAAUUAAACAUAAUGUUUAAAAAAUAAAAAAAUUAAAAAAAAUCAUUUUUAUUUGGCCCCCUUAAAUAAACGGCCAUGUUAUUUUUAUAAACACACAUUUUCUGAUAGUUCUUGUUGCGCUUCUACUUGCGGCAUUGAAAUGGAGAUCUUGCUGACCCUGCCUGUAAAUACCAUGGCAAUUGGCAAGGAAGUAUAGAACUUAACAUAAAAUAUAAUUGUAAGAGAAAAAAGGAUCUUGAUGAGAUUUUUAUUAAAGCCUCAGUAAAGGCACUUUGAUUUGCUAUAUUAUGCCUGGAGCACAUUGAGCAGAUUCUCUGAUUACUAAGAAUGGCCUAUACUGGCAGCAGUUUGUAGAACUUGCUGUUGCUAUGAAACAGGACUGUCGGGACUCUCAGUCACGUACCCAGCAUCACAUAGUUCCCGAUCUCUCGUAUCUAUUUCAUCCAUAUUACACAUGUGGUGUAUGCACAAUAGGUAAGGAUGUUAACCCUCUGGCAUAGAGAGCUGAUCCUCUGCGCUUUCCAGAUAGCAAAACACAACCUGAUUCACUAGACAUUAGGCAUGUGCAUGGGGAAAAUCAGAGUGCUCUGUGUCAUUUUACACAGCGUGGGAAAGUUCUUUGGAAUUUUCCCACGCUGUGUAAUUUGACUAAUAACUCUCUGGUUACUUUCAAUCCACCAAUCAGAGAGUUAUGAGUCAAAUUACACAGCGUGGGAAAAUUCCAAGGAACUUUCCCACGCUGUGUAAAAUGACACAGAGCACUCUGGUGGAUUUCAAGCCAACCAAUCAGAGUGCUGUGACAGGUAAAUGUAGAGACUUACCUUAAGCCCACCAAUCAGAGUGCUCUGAGCCCAAUUGCAGGGUGGGGCAAGGCUUUACAAGCCUUCCCCUGCCCUGCAGAGCUCAGUCUGCGCGGAGCCCUCCAUGAUGGGUGAAGAAUGAUUUUAAAAAAAAUUAAUUUUUAAGUGCGGCGGUUAUUAUGGAUUUUUUAUUUGGCCUUUUUGUGGGCUGAAAAGAGAAGAUUUUAGAAGAAAGAAAACAUCAAAUUUUUUUUUUUACAGGUACUUAGUUAAUGGUCCCCCCCUCAUUAUUUUUAGGGUGAGGGGGGUAGGUAGGGGUUAGUUUUUUUUGAGGAGGGGGGUGACUAGGGGUUUGGGUCCCCUAGUCACCUGGGGGAGGGGGGGUUAAUUUUUUUAUUUAGGACCCCCACCUGCCGCUCAGGGGUGGGGGCCAGGGGGAGGACAUUAGGUCCCCCCGCUUAUUAGUAUUUAGGGCCCCCACCCACCGCUCAGGGUUCGGGGUUCGGGGGGGAAGACAAUAGGUUCCCCCCCUUAUUCUAAUUUAGGGCCCCCACCCACCACUCAGGGUUGGGGGUUGGGGGGGGAGGACAUUAGGUCCCCCCCAAUUGGUAUUUAGGGCCCCCACCCAUUCAGGGGUGGGGGCCAGGGUGGAGGACAUUAGUCCCCCCCCUCUUAUUAUAAUUUAGGGCCCCCACCGCUCAAGAAGGGGGGCCAGGGGGAAAGACAUUAGGCCCCCCCCCUAUUCUGAUUUAGGGCCAGGGGGAGGACAAUAGGUCCCCCCCCCAUUAUUUUACUUUAGGGCCCCCACCCGCCGCUCAGGGUUGGAGGCCGGGGGGGGGGCAAUAUAGCCAUAGGCUGCUCACUGUUUAAUAGACAUGCCCCUACUCGCGGUAUACCGAGUAGGGGCAUAAUUUACUAAUACUAAGUAAUCUUUACUUAGUAUUAGUAAAUUCGGCUGAAAGAGCAAUUUAGGUCUUUCAGCCUUUUAGUAGAUAGCUCUUUAGUAGAUAGAAUUAGGGAGUUAUCUACUUAUUCAUUCCCUUCAUUACAUUUACCGGGCAAUUAACUUACAUUUUGAAUGUUACUUGAUUGUUGUAAGUGUUGCAAAUGCUUACAGCUGAAUAGUGGCUACGUUUGUAUACUUUUUAUUUAACAUUGUAUACAAUGUAACAUUCUUCAUUCUUCCACUGGGUAAGUAUAUUAGUUCUUAGGCAAUACUGUGCUUCGGAAAUUCGGCAAUUCAUCUAUUCGGACAUUCGGGUACUUGCCCGAAAUUCAUGAAACGAAACGAAUUGCACGUCUACUAGACACUGAACUGGGCUGUGUAUUAACCGAUAGCAACCACAGUAUGACUGUUAGUCGUUUAUAAUGCAGCUCCAAUUAUCCUUUGUUGUUAUUGGUACUGCUCCUUGGGGAUAAAUUGUUUAUCUCAUAAUUCCCUGAUGGACAGGUAUUUCGGGGAUAAGAUCUGUCCUCAACGACCACUAUGAUUGGAUUAUCUCAUCCUGCACCGAGAGGCACUUGGAACAGUAAAUCAUUAGUGAUGUCCCGAACGGUUCGCUGGCGAAUAGUUUCUGGCGAACAUCGCAUGUUCGCGUUCGCCGCAGAUGGCGAACAUAUGCGAUGUUCGGUCCGCCCCUAAACACAAAUAGGGGGGGGACCUAAUGUCCUCCCUCCUGGCCCCCGACCCUGUGCGGCGUUUUUUUCACCAGUAUUUUUAAAAUAAAUGUCAUAUUUUACAUAGUGAAUUCCUGUAAAGUAUUGUUUUUUUUUUUUCUUGAAGCUUAUUGAGCAGUUUCAUAGCCUUGCCAAAAGCAUCGCUAGUUUGCCAAGAUGGGCACAUUUUACUAUGAUUGAAUUGGACUGUGAUGAUCUGAAGUCAGGUUUGGCUGAUAAAGCUAAAAGCUAUGCACGGUUUUUACUUGAGGUACUGACAACCAAGCACAGAAAAGAAAAUGAAAGGUAAGUGGAACUUCGGAUUUGCUACUUUUUAAGAGUGCAUAUAUAUAUGUGUGUGUUAUACAAAAAAUGGCAUGCACAUGCAAUUGGAUCUAGAUUACUGUAUAUCAAACUAUAAUUUUCCUCUAGGGGUUUUCUUGCUGAAAUUGAUAGUCUUCUUUUAUUUAAUUAUUUAUAACCAUUGCAUAGAUAAUGUAUUACAUAUAUGAAAACAACCAAGCCAAAUAAUACAAGAUAAACAAAUUGAAAUAUGCCUUUAAAGUUGCUUCUUUUAUGCAAUUUCCAACCCAAUGCAUCAUUAGCAUUGAGAUUUGCCUAAAAACUGAAAUUAGCUUGGUUGGAAUCAAUCUAGUGCAGUGUUUCCCAAACUAGUCCUCAAGACCCAGCAACAGUCCAGGUUUUGUCACUAUCUCAAUUGGAAUAAAACAGGGAAAUACAUAAAUCCUGGAUUGUUGGUGGGCCAUGAGUACUGGAUUGGGAACCACUGUUCUAGUGCAUAGACUUGUUUAUCUAGCAACUGAAAUGGUUAAAGUGUAAAAGGAAAGGACUGAGUAGCAAAUUCCAACGCCCUCUGUGCAUGGUUCUGCUCAGGGCAGUGUUUUUUUGGGGAUUUGUAGUUCACAUAUCAGCUUUCUACUUCUGAAGAAGCUAAAUCCUUCUUCUGGCAUCUUCUAACUGAAGAGUCCCUGCAAGUUACUGUAAUGAAAACGUAUAAAUAAAAUAGCCCUGUUAUUACAUGUCCAAAGAUUCAUUAAGAUCCAUAGUGCUUUUUUUUUUUUUUUUUUAACAAUCCAACUAUAUGGUCUACAUAGUCAUACUAAGCUUGUAGUUCCUUGUCAUUUAAAUGUAAAAUAUUAGCUAAGCUACAUGAGUUGUAUUUGUUCAUGGCCUCAUCAGCUCACCAUUUUAGUGCCUAAAGACGCAAGCAUGCACAUACUACAAUUAAUUUUUGAUGACCCAACAAAUAUUCUGCAUUCUCAUUAGACAAUUCAAAUAAAAACUUAUCUUCCUUUACAGAAUCUGCACGGAGUUUGAGAUGAUUAAAGAACAUGCAUUAAGGGCCCCUGUAACCACAGAGGAUGUGAUUGAAGCCAUAGAUUUUGUUGAGCAAGUUAAGACCAAAGGUCUUGUGGCACUAAAAGCUCAGAUUGCUGUAAGUUAGCUGAACUCGUAUUUAUGCUGUCUACGAAAUGAUAAUGAAAUAUAAACACAUCUGUGCUAUUCCUACUGUGUUAUGUUGAUUAUAGGUAAUAAAGCUUGUGUAUGUGAGAAUGUCGGUGUUACACUGACUGGCUGGAAUAAAAGUGUCUGGCUAAUUUCACAGUUUAAUGACAGGUAUACCAGGAUUCAAGAUUGAACACAAUGGAGGGAUUAGAAUAUAGGAAGAGGAAUGGGAAAAGUAUUGCUUGUCAGAGAAAUAAGAGAGUGAUGAGAGGCAGAGAUGUGGGAUUCAGUGAUGCUGGUAGGUAAUGGAGCAGAUUGAGGGCAAGAUCCAGAUCUAUAUUAAUGAAUCUAUUUAACUCUAUGCAUGUCCCAUUCCUAUACCAGAGAUGGCUAGCAGACAGGUGAGGAAGAUGUGAUUUGAGGGGGAGAAGGGGACCUGUUGGAGUCAUCUUUUUUGAUUCCUUUUGUUUGGGUACAACAUUUCCCAUGACACUUAUACUAUGUUUACUUCAUAAACACCUGCAGUGUUGAAUUUAGCAACCCUUCAUCUUAAAGUUCCACUUCUACCGCUCUCACUUUAUGAGUAUUUCAUAGAGAUUAAACCUUUAUGAAAUACUAAUGUUGACUGUGUUGGAAUUUAAUUAAAAUUCUAGUGCUAACAAAAGCUGUCAUAAGACAAGUCAGGAUUACUCUGUCUUAAAGGACCACUCUAGGCACCCAGACCACUUCAGCUUAAUGAAGUGGUCUGGGUGCCAGGUCCAGCUAGGGUUAACCCUUUUUUUAAUAAACAUAGCCGUUUCAGAGAAACUGCUAUGUUUAUGAAUGGGUUAAGCCUUUCCCCUAUUUCCUCUAGUGGCUGUCUCGUUGACAGCCGCUAGAGGCGCUUGCGUGCUUCUCACUAUGCGACCGGCUUGCCGCGCGUGCGCAUUCAGCCCAGGAGGAGGAACGGAGGAGGAGAGAUGGAGGAGAGAAGGAGGAGAGCUCUCCGCCCAGAGCUGGAAAAGGUAAGUUUUAACCCCUUUCCCCCUUCCAGAGCCGAGCGGGAGGGGGAUCCUGAGGGUGGGGGCACCCUCAGGGCACUAUAGUGCCAGGAAAACAAGUAUGUUUUCCUGGCACUAUAGUGGUCCUUUAAUGGCAAAGUUCAGAUUGGCAAAAGUUGAUGAAAGACAGAAUGUCUGCUGUCAACUUCUGUCAAUUUCCGUAUCAUCAGCGAGAGUACACCAGUGAAGUAGACUCCUGAUGAUUGAAGUCCAGGAGCUGACAAAGGGAUAGAUUCAGAUAAGUUCAGACCCUUAAGGUUCAACCUCAGGCCACUGCACACAAAGCAGGGAUGUCACCUUAGGGGAUAUUUGCAAAAUAUGACAGAGACACAUAAAGUAUACAUAGUUACAUAGCUGAAAAGAGACUUGCGUCCAUCAAGUUCAGCCUUCCUCACAAAUGUUGUUGCUGUUGAUCCAAAAGAAGGCAAAAAACCUGGUCUGAAGCGCUUCCAAUUUUGCCACAAACUAGGAAAAAAUUCCUUCUUGACCCCAAAAUAGCAGUCAGAUGUCUCCUUGGAUCAAGCAGCUACUACCCCACUAAUUAGAAAUGAUAUCCCUGUAUGUUAUGUUUUUUGGAAGUAUUUAUCUUGUUGCUUUUUAAACAUCUGUAUGCACUCUGAUAAAUCCACCUCUUCAGGCAGAGAAUUCCAUAUCCUUAUAGUUCUUACUGUAAAAAAAACUUUUCUUUGCCUUAGAUGAAAUCUCCUUUCUUCCAGCCUAAAUGUGUGACCUCGUGUCCUAUGUAUAGCCCUGUUUAUGAAUAGAUUUCCAGAUAAUGGUUGGUAUUGGUCCCAGAUAUAUUUGUAUAAUGUUAUCAUAUCCCCUCUUAGGUGCCGAAACUAAAGAGAUUAAAAAUGUUUAACCUUUCUUCGUUACUAUAAUGCUCCAUUCCUUUUAUCAAUUUUGUAGCUCGUCUCUGUUUAAUGUGCUUCUUAUUCUGAGUCUCUCGUUUUGUAGAUUGGGCAUAACUUAUUUUCCUUUUACAGGAGAGCAAGCAGAGAAUGGAUUAUCUUUUAGAUGUUUUUAUGUUUACCUCUGAAGACUUAGCCCUGAAUGCAACUGUACUAUUGUGGCCUAAGAAAUUAAAUCCUGUCUUUGACGAAAAUGACGAGGUAAAACACUUUUUUAUGGCUCUUUUAUCUUUCCUUGUAUUCUCUUUUUCUUCAUUAGAGGUGCUUCUUUUUUAUUUUCUGGCUUGUUAUAUUUUGAGAAUUUGAGAGUAACUCUUUAUUGCUCUAUGUUUAUAUACCAUGGUUCAAUAUCUGGUACAUUAUACUGUUUCAGUUAUUUAUUUAUUUAUUUUUUUAAAAAAGGACAAAAAAUAGCUAAAUAAUGCAAUACUUAUAAUAUAUCACUAAUACAACACUAUUAAAUAAUGUUCACUUAUUUGAUGCAGGACUUGCAUAAUAAAAUGACUCUUCUGUUUGUUCAUAGCUGAUUGAAAAAGCCAAGCGUAAAGGAGAGAGUUUGUUAACAGGGAAAAGGGAGAAAUUAAUGCUGGAAUUGGAGAAACUUUCACGUCGGAUGGAAGAAUUUGGUGAAUGUUCUGAACUGAAUAUGGUCCAUCAGGUAAUUGCAUAA